AUGAUUCAAUGGAGAGAUGUUUUUUAGCGAAUGAGUAAAUUAAGUUUCAAUGAAUAGAGAAUAUCAUUGGGAAGAUUUUUUGAGAGAGCCAAAGAAUUAUUAUGA